UUGGAAUUAACCUAUAUUAACUGAACAAAUUAUAUUGAUAAUUCAAUAUUUUUAUCUCGAUACGUGGAAAUUUGCUGAUGUGUUCGUUAUUUUCUUACCGGUGGUCACGACAGUUUUAUAUAUUAUAAUGCUGAAGGCUGUCAUUUUAAUUGGUGGUCCCCAAAAAGGGACUAGAUUUCGGCCACUUACAUUGGACAUUCCAAAGCCUUUGUUCCCCAUAGCGGGAUUGCCUGUUAUCCAGCAUCACAUUGAAGCCUGUGCCAUUGUAGAAGGAUUGAAAGAAAUUCUGUUGAUCGGGUCUUACCCCGCUUCCCAAUUUCAGCAAUUUGUAUAUAAUAUGCAACUUCGUUACAAUGUGACUAUUAAGUACCUGCAAGAAUUUACAGCAUUAGGAACUGCUGGUGGCUUAUUCCAUUUCCGCGAUCAAAUACGAUACGGAACACCCGACGCCUUCUUCUUGAUGAAUGGUGAUGUUUGUUCUGAUUUUCCAUUGAAGGAGUUAUAUCAGUUUCAUAAGGAGAGGCCAAAUGGGGCUUUGGUUACUAUAAUGGCCGCUGAAGCCACUAAGCAACAAUCUCUCAAUUUUGGUUGCAUGGUUACUGACAAUGAUACCCAUGAAGUGACCCAUUAUGUGGAGAAACCCAGUUCUUAUAUUUCAACUUUGAUAAAUUGUGGAGUGUACACUUUUUCAUUGGAUAUAUUCCCCGUAAUUGGGGAAAUUUUUCACUUGAGGCAGCAAGACAUUUAUAAAAGUGAAAACGGUAAUGACGUAAAAGAAGCAGGAUUUAUACAGCUGGAGCAGGAGAUUCUGACACCUUUAGCAGGUACAGGUAAAAUGUUUGCCAUGCAUAUAACCAAUUGGUGGUCCCAGUUGAAAACUGGUAGUUCAGCUAUUUACGCGAAUCGGCAUUACCUGGAACUUUACCAGACUAAACAUCCCGAAAGGCUCUCUAGCUGCAAAGAACCCACUAUAAUUCCAGAUGUGCAUAUUGAUCCGACAGCUGUCGUUGACUCUACUUCCGUGAUAGGCCCUAACGUCAGCAUAGGAGCGUCGGUCGUGAUCGGACCGGGCGUUCGCAUCAAAGAAAGUAUAGUUUUGGAUGGGGCGGUUAUCGAGGAGCGCAGUCUGAUUAUGCACAGCAUAAUCGGAAGAAAUUCGAGGGUGGGAAAAUGGGCUAGAGUAGAAGGCACACCCUGCGACCCGGACCCCAAUAAAGCAUUUGCCAAAAUGGAGAACCCACCUCUGUUUAACAACGACGGCAAACUCAACCCUUCCAUAACAAUUUUGGGGUGUUCUGUAAGUGUUCCAUCUGAAACGAUCCUCUUAAACUCCAUAGUAUUACCCAACAAGGAGUUGUCCAGAAGUAUCAAAAACGAGAUUAUCUUGUGAAGUCGCGACAACACUGGACCAAGUGUCAAUUCCGUACAAAUAUUUUAAACUAAGACUAAAAAAUUGUUUUUUGCAGGCAGGAUGGUCUUGAAAAAAGUAAAUAGAAAAUGUAUUAUCAAAUAAGAUGCAUUUAUACAAAAUUUACAAAGUAAUAUACAAAUAUACA